CAAAUAAUUUGAGGUUAUGGCAUCAAAAGAACCUGCCCCACUUAACUUCGUUCACCAGAAUGCAAUUUUGUGUGAGACUAUAAAGAAAGAGCAGAAGCACCAGAAAUUGCACAAGGACUAUCGUGUUAAUCCCUUUAAAAAGAUUAACGUUUUGGCUUCCAAACCAAACUCAAAUGUAGAGGAUGACACUCAGGAGGACGAACAGUUUAUUAACAUAUUCAAGAAAGCUCGGGAAGUCCCUACAGAGAAGUAUGACUAUCCUCAAACAGAAAGUCAAUCCUAUGGCUGGUUUACCACCCCGUUGAUCGACAGUGACAGGUCAGAUAUCAGACUACACCACCCAAGAACCAUGAGUGAAGUCACCAAGUACAUGGAUGCCGCCUGGAGACUAAAGGAACAGUCAGAGAAUAUGCAAUGAGAGCGUCCAUAGAACUGCUUGAGUAAUAUUAAAAGGACCGGAAAA